UACACACUCCUAUACAUAUAGGGGAAAGAUAAAGAUAAAGAAAAAGAGAGAGACAAAAUCACAGAACUAAAAACCACCCUUUCUGGCUUUCUCUCUUUAUUUAUAUAUAUAAACCCAUUUGCUUUUAAUCCCUUACUCGACUCACUCUCUCACCGACCACUUUCAGCUUCCAUAUAUUUUUCUUGCAAGAAAACAAUCUGUUUUACAAUAGCAGCUUUGUUUGGCACUUCUAAGUUGAAACCCUUCACAGGCUUUGCUCUUUUCUUGUUUUUGGGUUCAGUGUUUUCUGUUGCCAGACAACACUUUUCUUUUUCAGACACAACAGUAGAGCUUGAGCUGGUUGACUCGGACUGGAAUCGUUGAAUAAUGGGGUGUUGAGUAAUGAGUUUUGGAUCGUGAAGUGUGGAUUGAGUAGUGAAACUAAAAUGGGUUCGGUUUUGAAGGAGACGCUUAAGAGUCUUUGUUGUAGUAAUGGCUGGUCUUAUGGAGUUUUCUGGCGCUUGGAUCAAAGAAAUUCUAUGUUGUUGACAAUGGAAGAUGCCUAUUAUGAAGAAGAAAUGGGGGCAGCUGUUAACAAUAUGCUUCUUCAGGCCCAUAUGCUGGGUGAAGGACUUGUUGGCCGAGCUGCUUUGUCUGGGAAGUGCCAAUGGAUUUUCUCAGAUGCUAACAAUGGAGAAAGUAGUUCUGCCAGUUCUAUUGGAGGCCAAGCUAUGUGCCAGGAUGAUUAUGAGAUUCAACAACAAGUUUCCUCAGGACUAAAGACAAUUGCAGUAAUUCCAGUGGAAUCUCGAGGUGUGAUACAAUUUGGAUCAACCAAAAAGAAUUUGCAGACACCAGAGUUUCUGGAUCAAACAAAAAGAUCGUUCAGUGAGAUGGACAAUAUUGAUGUCCUUGCUUCUCAAGGCAGCCCAUCUUCACCUUUCAACUAUAAAAAUUGUGAUCUUAAUGAGUGGUUUGCAUCCUUCUGUAAUGCUAAUAUCACACCUAUGCAUGGUGGGAGCAGCAGCGAUCUGAUGGAAAUGGCUUAUACUUCAAUGAAUCUCACUCAAUCCUCUGGUUUCGCUUCCGAUUUUCAACAAGAAAAGAUCAACCCUUUAUAUUUGGACUCAUCUCCUCUUACUAACCAAUUGCAGACAGCUUAUACUGAAGCUCAAGUGAUACUAUCCAGUAAUCCUACUACUCAGUUCCAGAAGGCGUCUUCACAAUCUGCCUUCUCUGUAGAGAAGUCAGCUGCUAAAACCCCUUUUAAUGGGGGUUCUAUAAUAACUUCAUUGGAGUCGCAGUUGCCAUCUGAAAUAGGGGUCCCAGAUUCUUCAUAUGUGCUCUCUACGAAAGAAGAUACUCCAGUUUUUUGUGUCCCCACAAAACAAGAUUAUCAAGGUGACUCAACUGUUACUUCAUUGUAUAGAUCAGGGGGAUUGGUUAAUGUGGAAAGGAGUGGUCAACAAAAUUCCGGAAGAUCAAUCAGCGAUUGGCAUUCUGCUUCAUCAUAUCAUGCAAAUGAAAGUGGAUUUCCAGAAAGAGAAACAAACUUACAGAGAUUCCCAGAAGAGUUUAAGUUGGAUGAGUUUGCUACGGAUAUUUCUAACUGUUUCAUACUGGAUAAUAUUUUUGAGUGGUUUGCUUAUCCACCAGAUCAUGGCAUCAGCAAAAUGGCAGCCACAGUAAAAGAGAAUUUCUCACAAUCAGCAGGAGUAGCUUCCGUGUCAUCUGACCUGAUUGGAGAUGAUUUACUUGACAUUCCAUUCGCACAAACAGCUAAUUCAAUGCAAAGUUCCACCACUGAUGCAUAUGUUUGUGGUGGAGAACAGAAAUCUGUAAUUGUGAAUGAUGCUGGCAAUGAUCUGUUUGAAGGUUUGGGAUUGGAAUAUGGGAAAGGAGAAGCUGGCGAUAGCCAAGAAAAUAUGAUGAAACCAACAGUGAGUGUUGGUCACUUGGCUACUAGCACUUGUGGUUCAGAAUGUGUCUCAGAGUUGGAUGACAAUUCUGCAGUUGGGCCACGAAAAGGGUUGUUUUCAGAAUUAGGAAUUGAAAAGCUUCUAAAUGGAAGUAAUAAUUCUAGUUACAUUACCAAUCCUAGCAUUGAUGAUCAGUUUUCAACUGCCAAGAGAAGAAGAUUGGAUAGUUCAUUGCUCAGUCAAGUUCAGCUGGGGGGUUUUUCUUGCUCUAGUGGCAGCAUGACAAUUCAGCCAGCAUAUCAUAAAGACAAGGCAAGCAAUCUUCUAUCUAAAAGAGAGGAGUUCCCAAAAUCACAAGCAGGUCUAUGGAUUGAUGAUGGCUAUAUCAUCGAAGAUGGAGGUACUGCUCUAGGAAAAUCUAAGAAGCCUGAGGAACCUACAAAGGCCACCAGGAAACGAGCCAGACCUGGGGAAAGUACUAGACCAAGGCCAAAAGAUCGUCAGCAGAUCCAAGAUCGCAUGAAAGAGUUGAAAGGGAUAAUCCCUGACGGUGGAAAGUGUAGCAUUGAUGCUUUGUUGGAUCGCACCAUUAAGUACAUGCUUUUCUUGCAAAGUGUGACAAAAUAUGCAGACAAGCUUAAACAAGCUGAUGAUCCAAAGCUUAUCAGUGAAGAGAACAAAACAGUUCCUAAACACAACAGCACAAGUGGUGGAGGUGCUACAUGGGCCCUGGAAGUUGGAGAUCAAUCAAUGGUUUGCCCUAUCAUAGUUGAAGAUCUCAGCCCUCCUGGCCUAAUGCGUAUAGAGAUGCUUUGCGAGGAUCGGGGAUUCUUUCUCGAGAUAGCAGAUGUAAUUAGGGGCUUUGGUUUGAAUAUAUUGAAGGGAUUAAUGGAAACUCGAGAGGAUAAAAUAUGGGCGCGCUUCAUUGUUGAGGCAAACACAAACAUAACAAGGAUAGACAUACUUUGGUCCCUUGUCCAGCUUCUACAACUAACAUCAACAAGUGGGAUCGACUCGACAAAUCAGCCUAGUAAUGUUAUGAAUGGCAGGGUUCCUCUUUUAAACAAUUAUCAGCAACCUGCAUUACCAUGUUCUAUUGGUGUGGCGGAGGCACUCCAAUGAACGAGACCUCCUAAAUAAGUACUUCUUUCUAGAACACCUUGAGCAUCCGCACAUCUCGAGGUACUGCAGUGAUUGGUGUCCUUGUAACAGCUGAGAAAGACUGAAGUGAGAAAAGGAGGAUCUCCGUUCCAUUUUGACUACCUUGGAAAUGGAAAGAAAUGAAAUGUGAAUACAGUUGGUAGAUAGAAAAUAGUUCAAAAGGAAUGAAUGGCAACUCAUUACAUGUUACCAUUGACUACUUAGUUAUAGAGUUUGCCCUGUGCAAGACAUGAUAUGCGCCCUUGUCCGUUAUUUGAUCCUGGCGAGUUUGGUGUAUUUUAUAUCUGAUUUGCAUAUGACUGAAACGAACACUAGGAAAGCAUAUUAAUUUGUUUGUGCUUUUUAGUUUUCUCAGGUUGCUCCUGCCAUAACUUGUUUAUAGUGUCUGAAGCUUAGAAACUUGCUAGUCAUAGGCUAACCACCGAUUUGUUUUGCAGCCAUCUAUUGUUGUUUCACUAGUAUAAUAAUAGUAAUUUGCUCUCUCCUGCCAUGCACUGA